GCAACAAGAAAAAGAAACAGAGGCUACUGAGUUACAAGAGGAAGACGAAGACCCGAGAGUGUGAGACGAUGACUUACAACGCUGAAUCUUCGAGUUUUAGGCGGAGCAGAUCUAUUGGAGGCAGAAGAAUGUGUGACUGUGGGUUGCCCGCCAAGAUUUUCACUGCGUGGACAAAUAAGAAUCCUGGGCGAAAAUUUUUUGGUUGUGAACUGUAUAAGGAAAUGGGCAAUGAACACUGCAAAUUCUUUGAAUGGUUCGAUGAAGGAGAAGUCACUGGGUGGCCAAAAAGAGCGUUGAUUGAAGCUAGAGAUGAAAUUAGAGAGAAAAGAAGAGUGAUCAAUGAACUGAGAAAUAGAAAUUUGGAACUUUCUAUGGAAUUGGAGAAGAAAGAGGCUGCAAAAUCAAAUGGAAGUGAAGAUGAGAUGAAACGUUUGAACCCCAACCUUGGAUGGAAGAAUAAGUUUCUGAAACUGUGUUGUAUUGUUAGUGAUUAAGAGUGUCGAGUCUUCUGUUUCUUUUCCUUUCUAAAGACUAGUUAUGUGAUGAAUGAGUCUUAUGUUUCUAAAAAAACUGGUUAUGUAAUGAAUGAUGAAUGUGUAAUGUGAUGAUAUUUUAGGCUAGUAUUGAGAUGUUUUACAUUUAUAAGAAGCUUAGAAUGACAAACUAUAAUCAUAAACUAGAAGUAGAUAAACCAGUUCAAAAUGGAAUACAUAGUUGAAGUUUAAACAUUACAUCAUCGUUAACAUGAUAGAACAUGAAAAAAGAAGCUUUCCGAGGACAUGUUAAAACAU